GUAGAUGAUGUUGGAUAAUGGGGGCAAUAUUGUCUGUUUAUAUAAUCUACGUCCAAUAACAACACUUUAAUUAUUUUAUUUCCAGCUUCUUUUUUUUCUUUCUCUUCCCUCUUCUUCUUGUUCUCAUUACAAUAUCAAUCAACCCUAAAAAAACUUAUCUUAUGAAUCUACUACUAUAAGUAGCUCUCUAAUCUCUUUUCUACUAUUUAUAUAGACUAGCCGACUUCUUGCUUAUUAACCUUCGUGUCUCUCACAAUCCCACAAGUGAAACAUAGUUAUAGAGAGAUAUAUAGCUAGAGAUUAGCUAUUUGGUUUUUUCUAACUCCUAUACCUAGAGAGAGAGAGUAUUGAUCGGAGAAAGAAAAAAAAUGGCGGGAGGAAUAGGGUUGGGAGACACGACGUACACGAAGGUGUUUGUUGGAGGACUAGCUUGGGAGACGCAGAAGGAGACGCUCAAGAAGCACUUUGAGCAGUUUGGGGAGAUUUUGGAAGCCGUGGUCAUUACCGACAAGGCCUCCGGCAGAUCCAAGGGAUAUGGAUUCGUGACGUUUAGGGAGGCCGAGGCGGCGAGGAGAGCUUGUGUGGACGCUACCCCGGUGAUCGACGGGAGAAGAGCAAAUUGCAAUCUUGCCUAUAUCGGUCUUCAAAGAUCCAAGCCCUCCACUCCUAACCAUGGAGGAGGAGGCAGGAUUAACAAUAUGAGAGUGAUGAUGGGAACAAUGCAGACUGGUUUUGGACCACCUCCUCUACCACCAACCUUCCCUCACUAUCCCCACCUCCCUCUCAAUCUCUUUGGGUACUCUCCAUACUCGCCAGAUUACUCAUCAUUCCCUACGAGCUUAUACGGCGUGUACGGCUGCAAUUCAGGGGGACAAUAUGGAGUAUACGGGAACGGCGGAGGCAGUGGACUAACGGCAGCAGCCGCAUCCGCUGCUCCUUUUUAUCCUUGUGGCAGUGGUGGACAUGGUGGAGUUCACUUCUCUCAGCCACAACCAUUUUAUCAUCACUUGUCUUCUUAUAACCCUCACCAUUACUCUCCUGCGACCAUUUCUAUGCAACAAGUGUGUUUUGCUGUGCCACAGGUGUAACCGGCUUUCCGCUUCAGCCACCUCUCAUUCCUUACCGUUGAAGAAGCUUAGAGUCUUUGGUAGCUAUGAAGCUUCACAUCAUCUUCUUCUUCUCAAGUCAAGAGAGCCAUUCUAUGGUUUAAUGGAUGCUCUCUGGCUAAUCUCAACACUUUUUUUCUCUCUCUCUCUGCUCUAAAAGCCACCCCAUUUUAUGGAAUUUGAGGUGGCUUUUAGUUUGCAGACCCCAAUGGGAUCUCCAAUUUUAGAUGGUGGUCAUGUCGUUUAUGUCAUCUCUCACCUUCUUACAAUUGCAUCUUCUCGAGAGAAUGGGUUUCUCUUCUAGAGAUAUUGCUAAUGGAGCAUCAUCAUCAAUCACUCAUGUGCCAAACUCAAGCUGAUGCAUGUAUCAGCUUAAUUUGUUAUGUUGUUUAGCCUAGGGAUGGCUGAUCAACAAGACAAAGAAAAUGUCUGUUAGGAUUAAUGUAUAAAGAAAUCAAGCACUAAAACCAUGUGCUUCUUUAAAGUCUGAAAAAAUGAUAUGCAUAUUUAAGCAAAACAAAAACCCUGCAAGCCUUUUUGUUGCAUCAACAUUUUAGUUAGUCUUAGUAGCUUAAGGACUUAGGUACACAAGUCUCAGAUAAUAAUACUCAAAUAAAAUGCAUUAUUCAAUGUCUCUGUUUACUGCUACUACUGGUUAAAAACAUUGGGGAGUAACAUCCCAUAACCCCCCUUACCCCUAGGAUACUAUGCCACAUAAACGAACUUCAUGCUUUUCAGAUUUUUACUCUAGUAUGUUCAGAAGGAUACUGGAAAUAUAAGGCCAACGAUGUAAUUACAGUAUUGGGAAUCAGAACAGUACCUGUUAGGGAUAUAUAUAUAUUAUAAUGAAAGACUGGCGCUUUCUUGUCAGAUUUCGAGUUUUCUUCA